CAUCACAACCAUCACACUCCGUCCUUCCUCCUGCUGGUGCAAUCGUGUUUACUGUGGUACGGUGGUGUGCUGUGGUGUACUGUGCUGUGGUGUGCUGUAGUGUAUCAAGUGUCUCAUCAUCAUCAUGGGGCGAAGUGUCAUCAUGCACGCCCUCAUGUCUCUGAUGCUGCAAGGCGCGCCAGAGGACACGCCCUUCACGACGCCCAUGUCCACCACCACCACGCCUCCGCCAGGUUGCUUCGCUGGGUUUGGGUGCUUUCCGAUUGAUGGGGUGUGGGGGGGGUCAGAACGCCCUGUCUCCCUCUACCCCCUCCCCCCUGCCAACGUCACGCCCACCUACUGCCUUCACACGCCCGCACGCCCACACUGCUACGUAUUGGACGCAGAAAACUCCUCCACAUUCACCUUGUCUUUCCUCCACCAAUCCUCCUCCUCUCUCUUCCUCCUCACUCACGGGUAUUUGGAGUCAACACAGCUGGAGUGGGUGCAGGAGAUGGUGGGCGCCCUCCUGUCCUCGGGCGGGGCUGCGGGCGUGAUCACCGUUGACUGGUCUAAGGCAGCUCCGCCCACGUACGCCCAGGCAGUGGCUAACAUCAGACUCGUGGGCGUGAUGGUCGGGCGUGUGGUGUCCAUGCUGGUGGACAUGGGUGUCUCUGAGAAGGAUAUCCACAUGAUAGGACACAGUUUGGGCGCACACCUUAUGUCCUAUGCAGCCUCGCACUUCACAGCGACGAGGGGACUACAGGUAGGACGGUUGACGGGGCUGGAUCCUGCGGGGCCUUACUUCGCCAACACAGCCCCUGAAGUGCGCCUGGACCCUUCUGACGCAGCCUUUGUCGACGUCAUUCACACGGACACCCCGACGCGGCCCUGGGAGCUUGACCGACUUGGCGCGGCAGAGGCUAUGGGGCACCUCGACUUUUACCCGAAUGGAGGCAGACAGCAAGCAGGGUGUCAGGGGUCGGCUGCAUCACACAUAGACAGGGAGGAGACCGUGGCUGGAGGGGUGCUCUCCUAUAUAGGCUGUAGUCAUCGCAGGUCCUUUCAGUUCUUCACGGAGAGCACCACAAAUAAAAGGUGUCGCUUUGUGGGCGUGGAGUGUACAUCGUGGGAGGAGUACAAGGCGGGAGCGUGCUGGGGGUGCGAGGGGCGAGUCUGCGCACCAAUGGGGUAUCCCGCCUACCUGCAGCAGCCACAGGAGAACACCUGGGCUGCUGGUGAUGAUGUAAAACCCUUCCUUGCGAGAAGAAUAUUCCUGGGCACCAACCCUGAACGUCCCUUCUGUGCGGAGCAGUACCGGGUGACACUCAUAACUUCAGGCCACGGUGAUCAUGGUGACCUGGCACACUUCACUGUCACUCUACGGGGUCACCUUCGUACCGUCACCAUCUCAGCGCCGGAGAGCGCGUCGUGGGUGGAGGGGGGCGGGCGCGUGUCGUGGGUGGGGUGGGGUAGUGGUGAGCUGAGCGGGCUGUACAACCUGAGAGUGGAGUACGAAGCGGAUCAAAGCCUACUACAAGCCCUGGUGUGGAGGUUUAAGCCCCCGACCCUCAGUGUGGAGGCCUUCACUGUGCAGAUGCUGUCCACUGGGGUUACGGUUCGAUUCCCCUUCUGUGGCGCUGAAAUGCAGGCUGGUCAAAGCUACACCCUUCUUCCUAACGCCAGCUGCCAGUAGUAGUAGUAGUAGUAGUAGUAGUAGUAGUAGUAGCAGUAGUAAGAUGAUAUGAACUGAAAUUGAUGUUAGAUAUGAAAGAGAAGGUAAAUCAAA